AUGUCUGCUCGACCGACGACUCGUCUUGUGCUCCUCAGCACCUUUGCGCUUCUCUUCAUCAUAUACUUCAUCUUCCUCCAGCCUCGAGGGCCAGACAGUCCUGCAACGCGAGCACCGGGUCACUUGACAGAUACGAAGAAUACCAUACCAUCGGCAUUAGCGUUGGAUGAUGAGGUGCUGAAAGGAGCUGUGGUCAUGCCAAAGCUGGCCAAUGAGACUGCCAAAGCUGAGCUAGGUCGGUCUACUUGGAAGUUCUUCCAUACGAUGAUGGCAAGAUACCCGAAAGAGCCUACACUGGAGGAACAAGAGGCCUUGCGGUCUUUUGUGUAUUUAUUCGCACGACUCUAUCCUUGCGGUGAAUGUGCAUCGCAUUUCCAGGGACAUCUCCAAAAGUAUCCGCCGCAGGUUUCGUCGCGCGAUGCAGCAGCGGGAUGGGGCUGCUUUAUCCACAACGAAGUGAAUCACAUGCUCAAGAAACCAGAGUACGACUGCAACAAGCUCGAUGAGUAUGAUUGUGGAUGCGGGGAAGAAGAAGAUGGUCCAGAGAAGGAGCUGGCGAAACUAGCCAAGAACGAUGCACAAGAGUCGGAUCAGGGUCAUAUCGUUAAUACUGCUGUUGAGAUCACCAAGGAACCACUCACUCGAGGAGGUUAG